CAACCGCUUCGCGAACCGUCAUCGCUGGUGCGAAAUGUGAAAAAAAUAAAUUGCGUGUGUUUUGGAUUCGCCUACCGUCGGUUAGUUUUUCGGAUUUUUACCGUAGAAAAGUGUUCCGCCACCCGCCGAAAAUAGCAGCAAACUGCGCCGCAAUGGCCCUGGAACCGUUUGCAUGUUUUAUGGACGUGGAACACUCCCGUUCGUACAUCGACGAGCUCUACUCGGAGGACACCUACAAGUGCCAGGAGGCCAUCGUGUGCCUGAAGAACGCCGUCAUCGGGUCGAACAAGAAGAAAGGUUCCGUCAUAUCGCAGGGUAUCGUUCCUCGCCUGAUUGCCCUGCUGCGAGACGAUACGAAGGAUGCGAACCUGCGCCUCGAUGCGGCCAUCGUCAUUGGAUCCCUCGCCAAAGGAACUGAAUCUCAAGUGCACUCGUUAAUCUACUACGAGACGGUCCAGGUGCUGUUGAGCAUUGUGCUUAAUUCCGGAACGGAUCGCCGACUGUUGGAGACCUGUCUGGGAGCGUUGAAGACCAUCUUACAGUAUCCGUUUGCACCGACCGAACUGCUGCACUGCAAUAUUCGCAAUCUGGUUUGCUUGAUACAGCUUGCCUCGCCGGACAGUUCGAUCCAGUGUCAGGUGUACGUGGCUAACAUCUUCGUUCCGCUCUGCCACUCGUCUCACCAGCAAAAGAAUCUCUGUCAGGCAAACGUGAUCCCGUUCCUUGCCCGGUUGAUGAUCAGCCAGCUGACGAUCCUUCAAGUACCUGCCCUCAAGUGUCUCGCAGCCAUGUGUUUCACCAACAAGUACGUCUCGGACAUUGUCUGCAUGACCUGUCACGAAGAGCAAUCGAUUCUGGACAUUUUGACCGGUCUCCUGUCGCGUACCCGUGACGUCCAGAUCCAACUGUCGGCCAGUCGCUGUCUAACCUACCUGCAUCGAUCCGGAUCGCUCCGGGCGGACGAUUACCGCAUCGUGUACAAAACCUUGCCCAGCCUGGCGAGACUCUGCUCGGAGGGCUUUGACGAGGAAACCCGCGCCACGGCUGCGGAAACCUUGGCCUACCUGGCCGAAAUCGACUCCGAACUGCAACGGCUAGCGGCCAUCAGUCACCACCUGAUCAGUUCGUUGGCCAAUCUGAUUCGGUGUCCUUCGCCGCUGUCCCGCCAGGGAGCUUUCCGAUGUUUUGCUUCGCUGGCUGCCAACGACGAGGACAUCCGCAAACGGAUUAUCGAAAUGGACGGACUCAUGGAGGAGGUGCUCAAUGGACUCAAGGACACGUGUCCGGAGGUUCGCUUAUCUGCCGUCCGAUGUCUGCAUUCGCUGUCGAGGUCCGUUCAAUUGCUACGAACAACGUUCCAGGAUCACUCCGUGUGGCGUCCGUUGAUGGAUCUGCUCGUAGGAGAACCAUCGCUGGAACUCCUCACCGUGGUAACGUCGACGAUAUGCAACCUGCUGCUGGAAUUUUCACCCGCCAAAGAACCCAUGCUCGACUCCGGAGCGGUGGAGAUGCUGUGCGAGCUGACAAAGCACAGCGAUCCGGCCCUGCGGCUCAACGGGAGCUGGGCACUGAUGAAUAUGGCUUUUCAGGCCGAGCAAAAAGUCAAAUCCAAAAUCAUCGACACGCUGGGAACGGACCGGAUAUUCCAACUGCUCAGCGACUCGGACGAGCGGGUCAUCAUGAAAACCCUUGGCCUUCUGCGGAACCUGCUCAGCAAUACGUUACACAUUGAAAACAUAAUGUCGGAACACUCGUCGGAGGUGCUACGGGCGGUGAACCUGGUGCUCGACGGUCCCCAUCCGCCCGAGGUGAAGGAGCAAGCCCUCAUCAUCAUAAGCAACAUAACGGCCGGGGCACGCGACAAGGACUACGUCAUGGAAGACGAGAACAUCAUCAAAAAGAUCCGGGAAUUUUUGGUGGUGUCCGACAACAAGCUCCAGAUGGGUGCCGUGUUUGUGGUGAGAAACCUGAUGGAGAAAACCGGCCGACAGCAGGUGCUCCGGGAGUCCGGCAUUCUGGAGAAUCUGGAACAGCUGCUGCACAUGACGCCCCGGGAUUCGCAGUUCUACGAAGACAUCCGGCAGGAGAUUUUAAGGUUCGAUUUCGCGGACGAUCACUGAAAGAUCACAGCCCUCCUGUUGAUAACUAUGGUGGAGCCCUGAUGUGGAUAAUGGAUGAGCAAUCAUCACCACCCGUUUUGAGAAAGAGCAGAGAAGGAACGGUUUGGGGCGGCGUUCUGAUCGGUGUUUCGGUGUGGGAACAGGAAUUCCCUACUCCCCUAGUGUUUUAUAAUUGUUGACCAGUUGUUGCAAAUUGUUUUUCGAUGCUUGUUGUGUACGUUUUGUGUGUUUCUGCUUGAACGUGUGAGUGUGUGCUUACUGGUGGAUGUUGGACAGAUGCGAAAGGGGUGUAAUAUCAUAUCAUUUUGACGUUUGUUACUGUGAAGUUACAACAAAAAGUUUGCAUUACAUGAUUUUAUGACAAUUGUUUAGUUUCUUUUUCUAAUUUCCGCUUGCUCAUUCUACCUCUUUGAUAACUACGUAAUUGCUUUAAAAGAAAACUAAGAAAAUGGUAUUGGCGCCGGUACGGUUACAGGGUGCGCAUGUCUAAAUUUCAGUUAUUAGCCAGGAGCAGUGUACGCAGAAUAUGCCACCGCAAGUGAAAAAUAGGCAACAAAGAAGGCACGGCAACAACGCUUUGUUUUUUCGUUAGCAGAUAAUGAUAAAAUCGCUCCCGAGUUUGUUUACAACAAAAACGGUAGGAAUAUUUGUCUCGUUCUAUUCACGUCAUGAUUUUCGCAUUGUUUUACAAACGAAACUCAACUCUGAGGUUUGCCAGAGUCUUAUUUCGUCCAAAUGCUUAUGAAUUCGAUAGUGUGGGUCGAAAAUUUCAGCAGAAAAGUCAGAAUAUCAGCACACGCAUGGCAAGCGAUAUUUGUUUUAUUGCUCCCAUCGCCUGACAUGCGUUUGUUGCGGAGCGCCUUUGUUACCAACAUGCACCGCUUAGGACAAAGCGUUUGUUUUUCGGCGUGAUCCGUUUUUCGUAUCCUGGCCAGGAGUAUUCCAUUCGCCAUAAUACUGUUUGGGAUAAUGGUUCUUUGGCAUUAUGACCAGCUAACAUAACCUCAUUUCACGGUACGUUAAACGGCAUCAUGCCAAGUAGAAUUAUGACAAAUUGAAUACUUCCGAUCGGCACAGUAAACAGAUUUCCAAGACUUCAACAGGUGACAUUUCAGAACUCAUCUAUGGCAGAUAUUUUACCGAAAUGUCGGCAAAAUUACCAGACAUUGCAUUGGGUAUGUUAGUCGAGAUGUCAGCUGUUGGAUUUUUGGAAUUCUAGUUACGCAGAUUUUUCUCGGAAUUUAAAUGUGCGUAUCUGCAUCGAUUCAGCGUAAAGUAACAUCAAAUCAAUAGGACGUAUUACAAAACAAGGAGGUAAACAAUAGGGAAGUGUGAGUUCCUACUUAAGGACGAUGGCUUCAAGCCAAACGAUGAUACCUUUUAGUGAGAUACAUAUGUGUGUGCGUGUGUGUCUGAGUGUGCGAGAGAGUGUAUUUCCUUUGCGAAGCAAGUGACUACCCAAUAGGACUGCAACGUUUUGUUAAGUUUAUUCUAAUUUUAUUAAUUUAUUCAAUCAAGUUUGAGCCACGUUCAGGCAGGAUUGGUAACAUGGUGGGCUCGAGAAAGGCGAAAUCAGCGGAUCAUGUGCUUCGUUGCUAUAGCUUUUAGGUUCGUAUUUACUAAAUUUCGUUUCGUAUAAAAAAACAAUCUACUGAUUUCGUACUACUAUCGUACUAUUGUAGUAAUCGAAGGGUUGCCCUCGGCCAAUGUUAUUGAGCAAGGAGAACAGAGUGGAAAAGUUGUGUAAUAUAGUACCGCUGAGAUUAUGAUUGUAAAUAUUUCAACUAAAACCCAGAAAGAAGAUGAAUCCUUUCGAUUAAGCUGCAAAGUUGAACUAGAACAAAAGCGCUGGAAAGGGAUAACACAAUUCCAUCAUUAGGGAAAAUGACUAAGAACUGAAUAGGGCAUCGUAAGUAAAAUGAGAGUGAAAGUGAGAAAGAGAGAGAGAAAAAUGGACAGGAUCUUCCAGUGCAAUGGAAAUAAAACUACUAGGCAUUACAGUGUGUAGCGUCAGAACGCAUUUAUACAUACAGUUUAGCUAUCAGUCAACCAUCAAAAAAACAAUUGUAAAAAAGCAAAACACCUCGAAAAAGCAUGCAAUUUUUGUUUGUUUCGCGCAACGACGAUGCCAAAAUCACCUGACGACGAUGGUCGCUACUUAUCGGCAAGGAGAACAGGGGGUAGUCUUAAAAUACUACUAUGUAAAAGGAAAUGGUUUGCUUAUGUUAAUCCGCGACCAGAAAUCGAUGAGGUGAAUUUUCAGAUGAAAUUGCAUACUGUUGUAAAAAUAUAGAUCUUAUAAAAUUUA